GGGGUCGUCCCGUAGCUCGUAGAUAAAGCAACAGUUCGUAAGCACCAUAAGAGCAACGGGCAACGCUUUGUUGGUGUAUUUCCCUUCCUUCUGUGAGAAAGGGGGAAGUAUGGACUGCACCGUUACAGCUAAGGUGAGGGAUGGCACGGAUGAGGAAGUGAGUAAGGAAGCGAGCUACUGCGACGUUCAGUCCACGCCGGAACACUCGCUCUCCGGUUGCCGUUAUCAACUUCGUCAAAGCUUGUCCCCCUCUGCUCAUAGCAUUCCCAACUACGCGCCCCGCACCGGUGAGAUUCGUGAUGGUGCUGUCAGUCAUAGACAGGGCCUCGAGCUCGAGUUCGAUGGACGAACGAUCUUCGAGUUCGGUGGCCAAGUGUGAGGGUAUUCCAGUCAAUAUGGCCCUGAUACGGUGAUCUUGAGAGGGUAACAUAUCGAAGUCGAUUAUGUUGAAAGCGUGUCAAUAUGUCCCAAGGGUCGAGAGAAAAAGGUUAGCAGGCUGGCCCAGGGCACUAGUGCG